GUUACAACCUUUAUCUAUUUACACUUUCCUCGACCAAUAAAAGCUGUAUUGGUCUAGUGUCCGUCUGCGGUGUAACACAGAGGGUCAAACUCAAGCGUUCUGGGGACCAUCAUGUAAUGUAAGUACCUCCGUACUUGGUAGGUAUAAGUCAUAUCCGUCCAUUAUCAUUAUCUCAAGACUUUAGACUCGAACCAAAAAGACCCCACAUUCGAUUUAUAAAGCUUCAGAUUUUCUACUACCCCCCUCCGCAUACAUGCACAUACGAUUGGUAAUAGACUUACCUACCAAGUUAUACCCUUUUUCUACUCUACUACAUAUACUUCAUAUCAUACCCCUUCCUAUUCUUUACUUUUAUUGAAUCCGACCUAUUGUUGGUUGGUUCAUAAUCAUUAAACACAUUCCUCUACUUUCACAAUGACACGAAUAAUCUUAUCUACCGGCAAUAUCAUCCUGGGCGGCCCCUCCAUCAUACGAAAACCAGGCACCUACCGAUCAAAUCUCGAACUCACAAAUUCUCUACGAAGCAAUUUCACGGCCGCGCAACAAGAUUACGGUGCGAUACUCCAAAAUGGUAACGGUCAUAUAAGCAACGGCCAACCAAAUGGACAUACCAAGCACCCCGCGCCAGAAAUCUGGACAGAGAGGGACGAGUCAACUUUGUACGUCCCGCGCAUCGAUUGGGGAUUGGCUGGAUUACAAGAGGAUCGCGCGGCAUACGAAAUAACAGUCAAACUAUUCUUCUUACCUACAGCACCACCGGAAAAGCGAGCAGACUACAUCAGCGAAGCCUUACGACUCGUUACAAAAGAAUUAGGCGUGCGCGACAUCGACCUUCUCAUAAUUUCCUUCCCAAGUAUAUCCUUCGAAGGCGACUGCGAAUAUGAAGCCGACAGGCGAAACGCGGGUAUGGGGAAUGACGAAGAAGAGGUUGCGACGUGGGGUCUGCUGGAAAACCUGCACGACCAGGGCCUGGUCGGCCGGCUCGGUAUUGCCGAAUUCGGAAGUGAGAAGCUAAGGCGCUUUUUGGACGAAGUCAGGAUCCGGCCGGCUGUCGACCAGAUCAACAUCAAGAAUUGUUGCAACGUCCCCCCGCCCUUAACGAAACUCGCCAAAACCGAGCGCAUCGAAUUAUUUACCCAUCACGAUUCUACGGAUAUCCUACCUAGUGGUACGCUGCGGGAAUUACUUGGUCAGGGCCCGCAAGGCGCGGGUGUUCUAGCGGAUGGUGAUGUCCAUGCCAGUGGAUUGAAGGGAGAGAUUAUUCCCGAGUGGGUAGUUAAAUACACGGCGUUUGUCAAAGACAGAGGAGUUAUCGAGAAUAAAGGUUACUUUGCAAGCGCGGAGUCGGUAGAGGAGGUCUGAUUCGAGAAAGACGCGAUCUUUUUCCAUUCUUUGUGCAUACUUUUAGGGGGUCAUUAUACAGCAUAGGUUUUCUGGGAUUCCUUGCAUUAGACCAUAAAUACACAUAGCUAAGCAAAUUUCAGCGCAUAGUCGUUUGAGAACAU